CGCGCUGCGGCUGCAGUGUACUCGCGCGCUCCUGUAUGUUGACAGUCUCUGCAGCAGAGCUGACAGGCUAACGGCUAACAGCUAACAACAGUCCCCUGAGAGAGGGACAAACAGCGGGAAGUUGGACCCCGACGAAGACAUGAAGACACCGAACAGACAGAUGGAGUAUGAGUGAACCGGCGGGGAGACCGUAACGUUCACAAGUGAUCAGGUGUUGUAACAGCAGCAGCAUGCCUCCCCCUCCUCCUCCACCAGGGGGACCCCCUCCUCCCCCCACCUUCAGCCAGGCCAACACCAGCCCCCCCAAGCUGAGCAGAGACGAGGCCAAAGGUCGCGGCGCUCUGCUGACCGACAUCUGCAAAGGCACGCGGCUGAAGAAGGUGGCGGUGGUGAACGACCGCAGCGCGCCGCUGCUCGACAGUAAGAGCCAAACACCAAAGAGCCAAACACCUCCCACAGAUCACCCAUACAUUCGCUUAUACCAAUACCUACACCAGCAACAGAGCCAGGGGCCCCCGGGGCCGCAGGGGCCACAGGCGCCGCCGUCUGAGGAUCAGCAGAGGACUGCUGCAGAUAAGACGGAGAAGCUUAAAGGAGGCGGAGCCGCAGCUGGGGGAGCCAAUGGCAGUCCUUCAGGUUCUGUUCCACAGACACUGUUCACCGCCGGAGUCCCCAAACUCAGACCAGUCGCAGACGGUUCCUCUGGACGUUCUCCCUCCACUCGAGCCGCAGCGCCCCGCCCCCCCAGCCAUCGCCAUGACAACACAGAGAGCCCCUCCCCUCAGGCGCUGUCGCCAGUGGAAACGGCCCGCUCUCAGCGCCCCUCUCUUCCCAACCUCUCCCCCUCCUCCACCUCCAGCAGCAUGAAGCACUCCUCCUCCGCCCCCCCCCCCCCUCCUCCUCUUUGUCGCCGUGGGAACGCCCCCUCGCCUCCCUCUUCUGCUUACAACCGAGAGAAACCCCUCCCCCCGACCCCCAACAACACCCCGCCCCUCCCCUCCAAACCGCCGCCGUCGCCUGCCAACAGCAGACGCCCCCCCCUCCGGAGGAAACACAGCCCCCCCCUCUUCCGCCUCCUCCCUGGCCCCGCCCCCCCCCCGUACCGCCUCGCCAACGGGUCAACCGGCAGCGGCGAGCCAGCGCCCGAGCUGCCGCAGCGCCACAACUCGCUCAGUAACAAGGGGCCACCCCCACCGGGAGGCCACACCCCCACCAGAGGCCCCGCCCCUCCACCUCCCCCCGCCUCCCCCACCCCCUCCCAACAGGGCGCCAACAGGCCACCGCCCCCCAUCAGGGACACGCCAAGCAGAGCAGCAGCUCCUCCGGUUCCGGUGCAGCCGUCGGCGGCCGCGUUGAGAUCCGCCGGCAGAGAAGCCCCGCCCCCUCCUCCGUACAGGACACAUGGUAGCCCAUCCCUCUUUUCUGACCCCCCCAGAGGGAAGCCUCCUCCCCCACCCACCCGCACCCCCGCUGCUCCCCCGCCCCCCCCUCCUCUCCGCAACGGACACUCCUCCACCUCCUCCUCCAUCCCUCGCUCAUUCGCCGAUGAUUUUGAGUCCAAGUAUUCGUUCCAUCCUCUGGACGACUUCCCUCCUCCAGAAGAGUACCGACACUUUGCCAAGAUCUACCCCAGCAAGGCCAACAGAGUGAUGAGAGGAGCUCCUCCACUGCCUCCUGUUGGGAGGUGAAGGGCUGACACACACACACACACACACACACACACACGCAUGCAUACAGACACACAGACACAAACGCAUACACACACAUACAGAGACACACACACAUAUACACACCCCCCUCCGUUCUGUCUGAUGACAUCAUUCUGCAGCCUCCCUUGCCGCCUUGUUUACGCUCCCAGCUGAUUGUCGGAGGAGAGGAAAGUGAUAAAAAGUUUGAUCCACAGCUUCUUCUUUUUCUCUGGACAGCAUGAACAACUUUAGAUGGUUUUAGUUCUUUUUUUGCACUUGCACUUUUUGUUUGCGAGACCAACUAGCGAGGUGAAGGAAGGAAGGAAGAAGAAAUGCUGCUGGACUUCAGUGAUUCAGUUCUCCUGGAUGGAGGGAUGGACGGAUGGAGGGAUGACAAACUGAAAAUGAAGGAGUGUGUUCCUCUCUUUCAGUGUCACAGCUGCAGACGAAACCCCCAAACUGUAAAAGUCGCAGGUUCAGAGGAGGCGUCAUUUUAAAAGUCUUAAUAUUAUGAGAGUUAAGUUUUACCUUGUUAUUAAUUUACAGAAGAACAAGUCGGGACAAAACUAUAACACUAUACUGCGACUUUGUUAUGGAAAUAUUAAGACUUCCUGAUAAACAUAACGGAGGUCACCUGUUGGUUUGUGGACUGCUGUUCUGAAGCCUUGAGUUUUGAUGUUUUGGCCAAGGCCAUCCUGGUUUUUGGGAGCCAGAAGUGACCGUACUUGGACAAAAAGGCAGAGCUGGGGAGGACGACACAGCCAAGCAACUUAUGGUUGUCAUGACGCUGUGCUAAGCUAAACGCUAAAAAGAGAAAGUUGGUGAUUUUCAACCCUUCUGAAGCGAGGCCUCCAGCGGAGAUUUAAGACCAAAUGUCCAAAAGGUAACUAUGCUGAAGUGAGAAGGUCAAAGGUUAAGAUGUAAACACUGACAACAGUCACAAACAACUUGAAUCUAUUCUAACUGAACUGAAAUCACUUCCUGUGACGUGGGUGUCACUUGUUAAUACUUCCCCUGCAUCAUCAGCGCUUUAUUUUGGCGGGACGUGGCCUCAGAGAGUCUUUAAGUGCCAAGAUGGACGGAACCAAGUCACCUGACUCCUGCCGCUGCUGCAAAGUGUUUGUUUUGAACAGUAAAUCAUCGUGACAUUAAGAGAGAAAAGAACAAUAUGAAAUAUUAAAGACGUAAUGUUCAGAAACACUAUAAACCUAAACUAAACGAGGACUAACAAGGAAACGUCUCUGAGAUAAAGUCCAAAUGUAAAGAAGAGUUAAUGACAAUAAAGUUAUAUUUAAAGAUGAAACACUACAAGGCUUUUUGAGAUUUUAUGAGAAAAGUUCGAACAUUUAAAACAUGUCUUCAGAUGACGUGUUUAUGUAAAUAUAUGAAGGUGACGUCAGCAUAAUGUUUAAAGUCUCUGAAAGCCGUCUUUAAAAUUUUAAUAUUGUGUCUCUUUUCUCUCCACUGGUUUCCUGCUGAUUCAUGUUUUUAAUUUUAAGUUUAAAAUCUGCAGGUUUGGACCUGAACAGUGACUCAGCAGUUUUCUUUUGUCACAUUUUAUUAAUAACAGAUUUGUCUCCAGUCGCAGUUAACGAUUCAUUCAUAGAUUUUGCUGCCUGCGCUGUCAAUAAAGUUUUCUUGAACAAAAUGAAGACGUGUAGAACCCUGAAAAGUGGAAGUCAACUACAAAAACAGACAUAAGUAAUACAUACAAAGAAGACAAAAAUAUAAAUAAAACAUUCAAAAUUGUGUGUUAACAGCUGUAACAGCUGUCUGUCCAUAGAAGUGAUUCACAUUUAGAUUUCUGUUUUUUACAUUUCAAAUUGUAGAACUUGUUCUCUGACAACUUCUCUCGGCCUCGAAGGGUUUUGGGAGAUUAAAGAAGUCCACGUUAUCACUUUGUUUGAUGUUUUUCGCCCUUUUUAUUUUUGGACAAUUUGGACAUUUUAAAACUGGUUUUUGGACCUUUUGUGACACUUUUUCAAAGUGUUUUUGUGGCUUUUUUUUAGAUUCUUGAAGUAGUUUUAAAUGUGUAUUUAAACUGCAGCUACACACAACAUACAAUAUAUGGGACAAGGUUCUGGGUAACAAUCCGCCAGAACUUUGUCUCUUAUUUUACGGAUUUAUUUUUCGGAGUGUAUGAUGCAUUUUUAACUGCGACAGGAAGUCUCUCUCCUCCCCCCGUUUGCCUUCCAAAACGGUUUGCUGUAAAUCUUGUUGAGUCCAACAUUGUAUAACGCUACUAAACAGACAGAACCAUGUUACUAACUGUUCUAAGAAGUGACUUGUGUGCUCUGCAGGAGGACAGCUGGUAGUUCUAACUGUAGUGAUGAUUUAACAGCAUGUUUCUCUCUGUCUCUAAUAAACUCUCAGUCGGUUCCUGA